AACCUCAAAAUACUUUUGUGUUUGUGUGUGAAUUUUAAAAUUUUAUUUACCUGACCAUGCUGUGACCUGACUAUCUUAAAUAGUUAUCAUAAUGAAAAAUAUGGACGUAAUAAACAAUAUAAAUGAAGAUUGGGAUUCGGAGUCGGAAGAUGAAGCAGAAAUUGCAAAUCCUGUUCAGGAAUCGAAAGAAUCUAAAAGAAAGUAUGAAGACAUUCCAACAACUGCUGUUUCUCCACCCAAGAAAAAACAUAAAAACGAAUUGUAUAAACCACCGACAGUCGAAGAAUUAAACAAUUUAAGGGAAGUAGAAAAUCUGUACAAUAAUAAUUUGUUUAGGCUUCAAAUCACAGAACUGUUAAAUGAAAUUAAAAUAAAGAAUAAAAGAAAGACUAAGUUGGCACAGUGGUUAACAUUAUUUAAUAGCAUUUUAGAAUCGUUGCCGGAUAAGAAAUUGCAAUUAUCUGAACUCGAGAAAUUGGGAAAACAGAAAAAGAAAGCAAAAACUUUUUUAAAAAGGAUUACUACUCCUAAAAGAAUAUUUGAAACUGACCAAGAUAUUAGCCUAAUAUUUGACAAACCAGAAAGUGUACAGUAUUUUGGUUUAUAUGAAAAUAAUUGUUUGCCGGGUCCCAAUUUAUCAUUAAAUAUAAAUGUAGUGAUUCCCCAAAGUGCUUUUUUAACAAAAGACUAUUUGAAUAAUCGUUAUUUGGUAAAGAGGUGGUAUUAUUUAUUGUACAUAGCAGAAUACUUGAAACAGAAGAGCUUAGUUGAUAAUACAGAGAUUGUGUACCAUGAAAGCAAUCAUAUGUGUCCAAUAAUAAAGUUACAGCCUAAGGAUUGUGAUAAAACAGAUGUUUUUGUGUAUGUUUCACCGCAAAAUGAAACAUUUAAGUGUCCCAGGUUUCUAACAGAACAAAACAAUGUUAAAGUGGAUUUGUUUGAAAGUAACAUUGAUCUAGAUACAUUAAAAAGCUCUCCUACUAUUCUUUACAACAGUUUACUAGCUCAUGAUGUAACUCUUUAUGAUAAUAAUGAAUUUGUUAUAGAAGUUUUAAAAGAUCAUGAACAUGUUCAGGAUGGAAUUAAGUUAUUGUGUGUUUGGGUAAAUCAAAGAGAACUUAACAUUGGUUUUGGGGCUUUCACAGAAAGAUUGGUGCUGUAUUUGGUAGCUUAUUUAGUGCACAAGAAGAAAAUUACGAAGUUUAUGAGUUCAUAUCAAGUAGUGAGGUACUUUUGGAAUUAUUUAAGCACUACAGAUCUUUUAACGGAAAAUAUAAGUAUUACAGAAGUAACUUCUGAGAUUUUAACAAAGUUUAGGCAACAUUUUGAUGUAGUAUUCUUAGAUAAAACCGGAUGUUACAAUUUAACUUCGUUUUUAACUAAAGAUAUGUACAAAAAGGUGAAAUUAGAAAGCCAGGUUGCUAUUAAACAUCUAGAUGAAAAUAGAAUAAUGUCAUUUAGAGAAUUGUUCCUCACAAAGUACCCAUUUCAACAUCAAUAUGAUCUAGUUAUUGACCUUUCCAGUUCUCUUAGUGUUCAAAAUAAAUUUGAAUUUUCUGAUGAAGAAAAAUCUACACAUAUUGGUUAUGAAAAUGUCCUUAUAUUUAAUCAUAUUUCAAAUAUGCUCAACAGAGCUUUAAACAAAAGAAUCUGCAACAUUGUACCAAGAAUUGAACUAUGUGGUACUGAUAUCAAGAGUUUCCUUCUUGGAAUCAACCUAAAUCCCAAUGAAGCUUUCAAUUUUAUAGACAAAGGACCGGCUUUAGACAAGUUUGAAGAAGCAGCUGAGUUUAGAAACUUUUGGGGACACCUUGCAACAGAUAGAAGGUUUAGAGAUGGGUCUAUAAAUGUAGCAGUGUAUUUUAGAACCAAUACUAUUAGAGCAAAAAGGAAUAUAAUCAAAAAGAUCAUCAGCUUUGUUUUAGAAGAAAAACUGCAGUUGCAGUUUAAGAUUUUCUAUGACAAAUGUGAAGAUCUAAUGUUAUUCAAACGUUUAGUACCGAAUUACCCAAGUGGUACUAAUGAAGAGACGUGUUUGAAAAUCAUUCAUGCAUCAGACGCAUUGAGCAAGAUGUUGCGGGAGUUGCAGUUGUCGUUGAAGAUCACCGGCGUGCAAGGAGCAUCAGAUGUCUUCGCUUACGCUCAACCUUUUCCACCGAUACCAGCAAAUUUUCAGGCGGAUUCUAGCAUGGCCUUAACUGUUCGUGACAAUAUAGUCUUUAACAUAGACCAAAAAUUUAAGAAAAUGCCUCGAUAUGUUCAAACAGUUGAUUGUGUGUUACAGCUCGAACUCAGUUCGAAAUGGCCGAACGAUCUUCAAGCUCUUCGUCACAUUAAAACGUCGUUCUAUUUAGAAAUCGCGAAGCUAUUGAAAGAUAACCAUGGGCUUCUGACACAUCCAACUCCUGGAUAUUUAGACGUAUUUUACGAAGGUAUAGUCUUUCGGUACAGGCUGUUUGUGUCUAAAGAAGUCGGUCUAGUGAAGAAAAUACAUAGUGAGGGUGGUUUAACUAGUUAUAAAGAUUCUUUGGAAAGUUAUAACAUGGAAAUGUCGUUAAGUUUGGUACCGAAGAUAAUUGGCGGCCUUAGAGGUAUACAAUCUUCAUAUCCAAGUUAUGGACCUGGUACUGCUUUAAUCAAGCGAUGGUUAAGAGCUCACCUUCUGGACGAGUUUCAUAUUUCAGAUCUGGUUAUCAAUCUUCUAGCUGCUUCACUAUACCUGAACGAAAACUCUCCUAACCCAGUUACUCCACAGAAAUCGUUUUUGAGGUUCCUCAAGUUUCUAUCUGAAACAGACUUUACCUUAUAUUUAGUAAUUGUCAAUUUUAACGAAGAUCUAUCCAAAGACGACAUAGCUACGAUCGAGUCUGAAGUUACUAAUAACAGGAACAGCUUUCCAAACCUCUGCAUUGUAACACCAUAUGACCAUUUCAGCACUAUAACCAAAAAUGCUCCAUCUAAGCAAAUUUUGAACCGAAUUAAGUUACUAGCUAUAGAAAGCUUGAAGUUUAUCGAUCAGAUUAUCGUAGGACAGAACAACGUUGGUAUAAAGGAACUUUUCAUUCCUAACUUUGAAGGAUUUAAUGUCCUAAUAUACAUAAAACGUGUGUUUAAUUCCAGAAGGCAUGAACAAAUCGCUUUCUCUGCCGUCCAAAAUAGAACUGUAGUAGAAAAAUACGCAGCGAACACCUACGAUCGAAUACCGAUCGUAAACUUCGACCCCGUCGCAGAAUAUUUGAAAACUCUCAGAAAUAAUUAUGGAAAAUACGCUUUAUUCUUCCACGACAGCUAUGGAGGCAAUGUAAUAGGAGUUUUGUGGCAUCCGAGAGUGUUUGAAACGGGUGAGUUUAAGGUUAGUAAAAUUAACGGAGGUAAACUAGAGGAUGAUAAAGUUGUUUUUAACUUUGAUGCCGUAAUCGAGGACUUUUUCGUGUUGGGGCGAAGUUUGGUGAAAAAUAUCGAGAAGAAGUAGAGACUACUCUACGUUUUUAGAGGUUUUGUCAUUCAAAUGACUUAUACUCGACAUAAUCACUGUCAUUUCUGCAACUGCAUUCAGAAACUACAUAGCUAGAGCAUAAAAACAAGCUCUGGUAUAUAUGGAUAUAUGAUCGUUGAAAUUAAUUUGUUUGCCGUGAUUAAUACUCCACCUUUCACGGGGCUUUGGAAUAAUCCAGUCAAGAAAAGGAUUUUCUUCGAACUUUUACUUAUUAAAAAGGUUCAUUCAACAUCAUCCAAUUUUGACGUUGUCAUUUUUCACACAGUAGGCUUUUUCUUCACUAUUUUUUUGUAUCAGACUUUUUUUCGUUUUUUUUUUUGUAAUGAUGUUACCUGGGAAUACAUAAUUAAGAUAAAAAGUGCUAAGAAAGUAUAGUUAUUCAAAAAAAGAAAUACGAAAAUAAAGAAAAAAGUACCUCAAACACGACCCCUAGAGCGGGGCAAGGGGAAACUUUGAAAUCUUAAAUUUUGGGUUGUUUGAACAUGGCGGCUGCGCUUGCGCCAUCGAGCAAAAAGACAAAAGAGGGAAUGUAAAGGUAGUGGGGGCAAAAGUAUUGUUAGACAGGAAGUGCGAUCUUUAGAGGCCACAUUAAACAAGGAAAGAGAGUCUCUCUCCUUGUUUGACAUCAAAUUUAGUUGGGUUAUGUUGUUGUUUGUCCCAAAUGUCACAUGAAAUCUUAUUUAUAUGGAAGUUUUUUAACAAUUGUGUCGCAUUUUAGACUAUUACCGUUAAUAAUUAAUUAAACCUUUCUCGUCUAAGACACAUUGUGAAAAAUAUUAUAUAGCUACUGUUAAUAAGUGUCGGAAAAUUUAAAUUUGACGCAUUCGCAUUUCCGGAUAUGUCCGCCAUCAGAGGCCACUUUUUUGGUCUCCUUUUCAUAAGGAUUAGAUUCCCUCUUUUGUCUUUUUGCUCGAUGGCUUGCGCUCGUCUCAUGGUAAAAAGGCCCGUUGCCUAUUGUAUUCUGAGAAUGAAGGGAAUUAUUAAAUGAUAAAAAUUUACUAUUUAUACAUAAAUUUAACAUUUAAUUUUUUAAUGUAUAUAUAAAAACAGUGAUGCUAAAUUUUCAAUUUCAAAUUUAUAAAAGUCACAGUAGUUACUUUUGGGGAGAUACCAAUGUCAUAUUAUUUUGAAUUUCUUUUUUGUAAUGAACCUAGACUGUAAAUUAUUUAUACUUGUUAGAAAUCUUCAUAUUUUGGUAUAAUAUUGUAUAGAAACAAUCGUUUUAAAUAAAUAUGGU